GUGCUGCACCUGCUUCCACAACCACAAGUUGCAGCCAAGUGAGCAAGACAACACACCAGAUUCCUAAGAGAAUCAAGAUCAGCAUCUGUGCAAGAUGGAGCACGGCCAGGCGACUAACCGCGUCGACGAGUACGGCAACCCGGUGGCCGGACAUGGCGUCGGCACCGGCAUGGGGGCGCACGGCGGCGUGGGCACCGGCGCGGCUGCUGGUGGGCAUUUCCAGCCCACGAGGGAGGAGCACAAGGCCGGAGGGAUCCUGCAGCGCUCCGGCAGCUCUAGUAGCUCCAGCUCGUCUGAGGAUGAUGGCAUGGGCGGGAGGAGGAAGAAGGGCAUCAAGGAUAAGAUCAAGGAGAAGCUUCCGGGUGGCCACGGUGACCAGCAGCAGACCGCUGGCACCUACGGGCAGCAGGGUCACACAGGAAUGACCGGCACUGGGGCGCAUGGCACCACGGCCACUGGCGGCACCUACGGGCAGCAGGGAGACACCGGAAUGACCGGCACGGGGACGCACGGCACCGACGGCGCCGGCGAGAAGAAAGGCAUCAUGGACAAGAUCAAGGAGAAGCUGCCCGGACAGCACUGAGCCCGUCCCACGGCAGCUACUUGAGAGUUGAGGUGCCGAUCUGGCCACCUUUGCAGAAUAAUAAGAUGGAGAUGCAGUAAAACAUCCCGAAAUAAAGUGAGCUAGCUCACUUGUAAUAUCUGAGUUCUGAGUUUGCUGCACUAGAAUUUGGGUUGCUUGUAUGUGCCCGGGACGUUUUGUACUCUGUACUUCGAUGUGUGAUUUUUUUUUGGUUUCACUGUGUAUGUAUGGGGAUGUGUAUCGUGGUAUAAUACAAUAUAUUUUGCCCUUUUA